UCCAGAAUAUUCCAGUGUAGCCUGGCACAGACAGUACGAACAUCCGGGUAGCUGCUUAUGUAUAUAAAGGGAGCUAACUCUCACCUUAGCCAUCUCACAUCUCAUCAAGAAUCACAAGAAGACCACCAGUGCUGUGAAGAUCAAGGUCAUCCUACAUCCUCAGCCUUGGGCUAUUAGGGCUAUUUUUGGAACAUUGGCUACCGUUGCAGCCGCAUAUCGCCUUCAGACGCCCGAGGAUACGGUGGAGACAACCUAGAGCCUCAACAGGACGAACCAGCGUACAGUAGCAGAUAUGAUGAAUGAAAAAUGGCGCCACCACCUGGAUUACGUCGUCACCCUUCUUGGGUUUGGAAUCGGUUCAGGGUCCUUCGUGAAAUUCCCCUACCUGUGCAUGAGGAAUGGAGGAGGCGCAUUCUUAAUACCUUUCAUCCUGUUCACCUUCAUCGGGACAAUUCCUGUUGUGUUUGUGGAGAUGGUGAUUGGUCAGUUUUCCCAAAAAGGACCAGUUGAAGUCUGGAAUCUGUGUCCGCCAUUUAAAGGUAUAGGUGUGGGCACCGUCGUGGGAACUUGGAUUCAUGCAUCCUAUUUCAUCGUCAUCUUCAGCUGGUUCGUGUACUACUUCUACGUGUCCUUCUCCAAUCAUCUACCGUGGGCCCACUGUGGCAAUGACUGGAACACUCCUACCUGUAUCUCCCUGUUUGGUGACGGCAACUCAACGUCGGCAACCAACAUGACGGUCAACGGCACCAGCUACAGCCUGGUCAACGAUGCAACUGACAUCAAUGGUACUGUUGCUGGAAUGACAGCGGAAGAAGAGUUCUGGAGAUUCCAGGUUUUGCAGAUGACAGAUGGCCUAGAAACCAUAGGAAGCAUAAGAUUGCCCCUGAUUAUUAGCCUGGCUAUCAGCUGCACCGUUUUAUUUCUCUGUGUGUUUCGAGGAAUAAAAGUUACAGGAAAGCUGGUGUACGUGACAGUGGCCAUCCCUUGCAUCCUCGUGAUCAUCUUCCUCAUCCGGGGAUGUCUCUUGCCGGGAUCGGCAGAUGGGAUUUACUUCUAUCUUGUUCCCAAACUCGAGACACUGACAACACCUAAGGUAUGGAUUGAGGGUUGUAAUUUCGCCCUAUACUCGCUUGGAAUUGCAAUGGGAUCAAUCGUGACAUUGUCAAGCCACAGUAGGUUUGGGAAUAAUUGUUUCAGAGACUCAGUUGUCGUCUGCAUUGGGGAUAUGCUGGUUACCAUCCUCAUCGGAUUGGCUUUUGCUAUCAUUGGUCAUGUUGCCUACCAGAGAGGGGUGCCUGUAGAAGCGUUCGAAUCGUCAGGAUUCAACCUCGCAUUUAUCGUUUUUCCACAAGUCCUCACUUACCUCCCAUUGCCACAGUUGUGGUCGGCCUUGACCUUUCUUACGCUGAUUACCCUGGAGCUAGAUACUCUGGUUCCGCCCAUUGAGAACAUAGUUGUGGCAGUACGGGAUCGAUUCCCGCGAUUUUCUGAGCGACGCUGGCUUGUCAUUGCCAUCUUACUGAUCACCUACUUUUUCGUUGGUCUCCUGUACAUUACUCAGGGCGGAAUCUACGUGCUGACUCUAGUGGACUGGUUCGCCUACUUUCCUUCGAUUGCUCUCUUUGCCACCAUUGAAUGCAUUGUGGUAGGAUGGUGCUAUGGCACACGCAGAUUACAGGAAGACAUCAAGGCGAUGUGGGGAAAGGCUAUCCCCCGUGUAAUGAUGAUUGCAAUCAAGUUUGUCUGUCCAGUGUUAUUGCUGUCGGUGUUCAUCUACUCCCUGUAUUCCUACCGACCUCCCAAAUAUGGAGACUAUGACUACCCUCCAUGGGCAACAGGAAUCGGAUGGAUGGUGUCUCUGGCUUCGAUCCUGCCCUUCCCGACUGUGUUUGUCUGGAAAGUAUGGAAAACAAAGGGAUCCAAUCUAAAAGAGAAAUUCACAAAUUCACUGGAACCGAGUAGCGAAUGGCGGGAGGCGAAUCUUGCAGGCCAGAAGGGUGAUGUUCUUCAACCCAUCACCUCAGUGGAGGACAAACACGAAGAGGCGUGAAAUAAAACCAUUCUAGAGCAGGUCAUUCUCCUGCCGUGGACGCUAGCUUGUAGUCAGAGUGUUGAUAAUGCUAUUUAGUUCUGGGUCUUCAUUCUUUGCCACGGACAACUGACACACAUCACAGCGUUUCAAGAACUAUAUGGAACAGUAACCAUUGCUUUUCUUAAGGGAUAUGAAUGAUAAUAUCCUAACUGAUGAAAAUGUGUGAUAUCUGAGAAGGGAAAUCUUAUGCUUCUGAUUGCUUCGCGUUUUUUUGAUUGAGGGAAAAGCAUUGUAAAAUAAUUUCGUUACAAGGGCAUUUUUUUAAAGGUUUUGUGUACGUUCAUUAGCAUCAUGUUUAUCAAGGAAGUGUAAACAUGAACAUGACUUUUAAAAGAAAACAAUGUCAGGAAUGAAUUUGUAAAUACAUCUGUUGUUCUCCAUCUACUGGUCAUUCCUAACCAUACUGAAGAACUUUGUUCAAAUAUAUUAUAUGUUAUAUUCCAUGCAAAGGAAUUGGCACACGUUAGGGCUUUAACUAAGAACGCCAUCUCCCAUGCAUUUACAUAUGUGCUUCUUUACAGGUUAUACUAUGAUAUAGAUGAAUGAAACAGAAACUCCUAUGCAUGCUUACGGAAAUCUUUCUUAUAUUUGUGCACAAUCAUUAAAUUGUUUCUUCCACAUGAUUAGGUAGAACUGCGUUUUUUCUCGCAUAAAUCACAUAUUUUUCUCACAUGUAUCUUAGUUAAAUGUAGUGGGGCAUUAGUUGUGUCUGUCUGAUUAAGAAAUAGACAUGUUACUAACAAAUGAAUUGUUCACAUAUCUACCACGCCGGCAUUUUGGAUUUUCGUUUAUACCUUUCUAAAUAAACAAUAUUUCACGGUUA